CGGAUUGACAUUUUUCAACCCCAAAACACAUCGGGAGAAAACUGUCAAAGUUCAAAACACCAAAAAACACGGGAUUUCGAUUAAAUCAUGGCAUCGAUUUCGGCCAUCAGCCGCGUUGGAUUGAAAUUUCUCCAGCUCCCGCAAGCAGGAUUUCUGGCACCAUGCCUCCAGAAUGCGGCCAUCCAACAGAAUCAAGUCCGCCACCGGCGCACGAAGCAUUUUGAGCCCAAGUGGAAGCGAUUGCGUAAACAAAAGUACGUCAAGGUGGACAUCCCAAACCUGAACGAAAAGGCCGAAGAACUGAGCCAGGAACAGAUGAAGACCCGUAUGAAGGAGCGUGGAAUUCUGCCACCUCGACCGUGGAUGGAGCGGCCUUUCUAUAUUAGUUGCACCGGCGGAGUAUUUGAGCCGUAUGUUCCUCCGGAAGGCGACGGAAAAAUGUCAGCCGUGUCGAAAGAGGGCGCCAAACAAAAGUUCGAACUGCUAGAGAAGAAAACCAAAUCGAUGAUGGCCGUGCGUAAAAUUCGAAGCUUCGACGAUGACUUUGAGCCUCCGGAAUUUGCCGCCCAGGCUCAGGAGAUAUACAUCCAGGCGCACAAUUUGCUGAUGGAAAAGAAUAAGUAUAAACUCCGGGAAAUCAUCACGGAACGGGCUUACCCGGAAAUGAUGCAUAACGUAACAGAUAAGACCAUACGGUGGAAGUUCCUCAAAUCGCUGGAACCCCCACGGGUAGUCCAUGCCCGCUGCACGGAUGUCAUCAGUAAGGAUAACAUCUUCGGUCAAGUUACGGUCCGCUUCCACACCCAGCAAAUCCUGGCCAUUUACGACCGCUUUGGACGGCUGAUGCACGGAAGCGAGAUCGUGGAAAAAGAUUGCCUGGAGUACGUUGUGUUCGAGAAGCAUCUCUCGAAUGAGUACGGAGUCUGGCGGCUGCAUGAGAAGAUUAUUCCGGACUGGAUGCCACCGAAGGCACCGGCCUAUAUCACCUAUCGGGUGGACGAUGAACCACCCCAGGCUCCGAAAGAAGAGGAAAGCAAAGAGGUAACGGCUGCUGAAGCUGAGGGGGAUAAGAUAGCCACCGCUAAUGCCUGACGGGAGUUUUAGUAGUGAGCAAUGUAAGUAAACCAUGUUAAUAAUGGAAAAAAUAGAUCACUUGAACCUUUCUGUGGCUCAGAUAUCACUGCCCAUAGAUGAAAA